AUUCCUCUCUCUCUCUCUCUCUCCCUCCUUCCUUGAACCUUCGGAGACAGCAAUUCCUUUCCACAGAAAACCCAAGACGAAAACAUCAUGUUCAGUCCCAAAACAUUCUCUUUUCUUCUUCUACCAACCUUCCUCCUCAUAGCUUCAACCUUCUUUUCAUUUUCUCAUGGAGCUUCUCAAGUUCAUCACCUUCGAGCCAUUCAAUCUCCAGGGAGGAUUGAUGAGGGUAAGUAUGGUGUGAUUGGUGUCGUUUCAUGGGGAGUGAAAAGGUCUGUUCUGGAGGGGAAAAAUGGUGGAAACUCAUCUCUGAUACUGGCUGCCGAGAGGACCCACAGGAAAGAUCCACUCAAUGAUUUCAAGUACUAUACCGGUGGAUGGAAUAUAAGUGAAGAACAUUAUAUAUCUUCUGUGGCUUUUACUGCUGCUCCCCUGUUCCUCAUUGCUGCAAUCUGGUUUGCGGGAUUUGGCCUGUGCUUGCUGUUUAUGUGUUUCUGUUUUUGCUGCUGCCGACGUCGUCCUUAUGGAUAUUCUCAAACUGCUUAUGCACUCUCUAUUAUCCUUCUCUCGUUGUUCACCAUUGCUGCAAUUGUCGGAUGUGUUGUUCUGUACCUUGGACAAGGAAAGUUUCACAAUAGUACCGCUGAUACCUUGGACUAUGUUGUGAGUAAAGCAGACACCACUGUUGAGAAUCUUAGGAAUGUAUCAGAUUAUCUUGCUGCUGCUAAGCAGGUUGGAGUAGAACAAAUUUUUCUCCCUCCAGAUGUCCAAAGAAACAUUGACCAAGUGGAAACAAAUAUUAACUCUUCUGCUACCACUCUUGAAUUUAAGACCAAGCAGAACAGAAAGGAUAUAAAGAAGGGUUUGGAUGCUGUGAGGCUGGCUCUUAUCAUAAUAGCGGCUGUAAUGCUUCUCUUGGCUCUGCUUGGUUUCUUGUUCUCUAUCCUUGGUAUGCAGUGUCUUGUAUACAUCCUGGUGAUCAUAGGGUGGAUUCUUGUUGCAGCUACAUUCAUCUUGUGUGGUGUAUUUCUGGUUCUCCAUAAUGUGGUGGGGGACACAUGUGUUUCCAUGAAUGAGUGGGUUCAAAACCCCACAGCUCAUACAGCUUUAGAUGAUAUUCUCCCAUGUCUGGACAAUGCCACUGCCCAAGAAACAUUGUCUCAAAGCAAAGAUGUCACUUACCAAUUGGUUGGGGUGGUUAACGGGAUCAUCACAAAUGUAUCCAAUGCUAAUAUACCACCUGGUGCUGGACUUUUCUACUACAAUCAAUCUGGACCAUUGGUACCUGUCCUCUGUAAUCCAUUCAAUGCUGACAAGACAGACCGGAAAUGUGCAGCUGGUGAGGUAGAGUUUGGCAAUGCAUCCCAGGUUAGUUCUCACAAAUCUUUUGCAUGUAAGUAGAACAACUGAAGGGUGAAUUCGCAAGCUUUUUGAGGAGACACUAAAGAAUUCUUGACAAUUUGAUGGUACAUGCUUUUUCUGUCCCCCAUUUGAACAGUUCAUUGUGUAGUCUUGGUUGAUGAAAAGUUGGUGCUCCUUAUCAGAAGUUAAGUGGGACCAUGAUAUUGGUUCAAGAGAAUCCUUCAUCUUAAUUUGAAUGGUGCUUUCUUUAAAAAUCUUGUAUAAACAUUUGAAUAUAUGACAUCUUGAAUGGACCAAUUUGCUGUCAUUUUGCUUCGGGAUUUCGUACCAUAUUGUAGUGGUGAUAUAUGCAAUUUCUUGGAAAAUUAGUUUCAAACUGCCACAAUAUUGUGCAAAAGAGAUAAAUCUUUCCGAGAAAUCUGCGCAUUGAUUCCCCAUUGUUUCUUAAAGCUGCUUUUUGACCACUAGUGCUUUGUUGCUUGUUGAAAAUAAGUAGAAGGAACAUCACCCUAAAACAAAACGACAGAAAAUUGUAGAAGGAACGAAGUUGAAAUUUGGGAUUGUCUUUUUUUGUUUUUUUUCCUUUUCUGGUUCAAAAUUGAUAGUCAUACACACUAUUUCAAAGCCAACUUCAUAGCCCUUUCGUUAUGUUUCAUGCAGGUUUGGAGGAAUUAUGUGUGCCAAGUUUCCAGCAAUAACAUAUGCACCACAGUGGGCCGUUUGACCCCUAAUAUGUAUAACCAAAUGACUGCUGCAGUCAAUGUGAGCUAUGGUUUGAAUCGUUAUGGUUCAUUCCUUACGGAUCUACUAGACUGCACAUUCGUUAGAGAUACCUUUACUGUGAUAUAUGAUGAUCACUGCCCUGAUUUGAGGCAAUACAGCAAGUGGAUUUACAUUGGGUUGGCUAUGAUCUCAGCAGCAGUAAUGCUUUCUCUGAUCUUCUGGGUGCUUUAUGCAAGAGAGAGGCGUCACAGGAAAUAUACCAAACUCGUUGAUGCUAGAUCUAUUCAAGACCCUUUUGAGGCGAAAAGGCCACAGUAAAUUUUGAAGUUUAUCCCCUUUUUUUAGUGGAGUUGGUUCGUUCAUUUAUGUCGUUUGUUUGUUCAUUUGUACUGUACAUAACUAAGUUACUAAGGUUCAUAGCUGCUCACUUGUUUUUUCACUUGUGUGUGGGAUUCUCACUGGCUUUCAGAUUGAUUUUCUGGCACCUAACAUUAAGACCAACCUAUUUAGAAGUACCUGCUAGGGAUUUUAAUUUUUGCAUUAGACACCCAU